CACCCGCGCCGCCGCGUGACGUCACGGCCGCCGCCGCCAUGGCCGCCCGCAGGGCGCUGCACUUCGUGUUCAAGGUGGGGGACAGGGCGCGCACGGCGCGGUUCUACCGGGAGCUGCUCGGCAUGAGGGUGCUGCGGCACGAGGAGUUUGAGGAGGGCUGCAAGGCCACCUGCAACGGCCCUUAUGAUGGAAAAUGGAGCAAGACCAUGGUGGGCUAUGGACCAGAGGACAAUCACUUUGUGGCAGAGCUGACUUACAAUUAUGGGGUUGGAGAAUAUCGCCUGGGCAACGACUUCCUGGGCAUCACUCUGGUGUCCAGCCAGGCUGUGAGCAAUGCCAAGAAGAUGGGGUGGCCCCUCAAAGAAAUCACCUCUGGAGUCUUUGAAACUGAAGCCCCAGGAGGAUACAAGUUCUACCUGGAAGACAAGGAAAAGCUCAAGCACGAUCCUGUGUGGAAGGUCACCCUGGGUGUCUCAGACCUGCAGAAGUCUGUGAGCUACUGGUCUGGUUUGCUUGGGAUGAAAAUAUAUGAGAAGGAUGAGGAGAAGCAAAGAGCUUUGCUGGGCUAUGCUGAUAACCAGUGCAAGCUGGAGCUGCAGGCAGUGGGAGGGGCAGUGGAUCACGGGACAGCGUUUGGGCGCAUCGCCUUCUCCUGUGCCAAGGACGAGCUGCCAAACAUUGAAGCCCUGAUGAAAAAGGAGAAUCAGAAAAUUUUGACGCCUCUGGUCAGUUUGGACACUCCUGGCAAAGCCACGGUGCAAGUGGUUAUUCUGGCUGAUCCUGAUGGCCAUGAAAUCUGUUUUGUGGGAGAUGAAGCGUUCAGAGAGCUGUCCAAGGUGGACCCUAAUGGUGACAAGCUGUUGGAUGCUGCCAUGGCUGCAGAUAACAGUGACAAGUGGUUUGCUGAGCACAACAUGAAGAAGGUUUCAGCUUAGCUGGAGGAAUGGACUGGGCUGCUCCUCUGUGCCUUGGAGCUCUCCCAAGAAAAUGCCAAUCCUGGUUAAGGUGCUGCCUUCCCAAUCAGAGGGUGCUGGGAUGUCCCAUGGUGGUUUUCUUGGGUUGUCUCUGGCCUGCUGCUCUCUCCCUUCCAGCAAAUCACAUCUCCUCCUUCCAAAAAAUGGGGCUGGGCAGCAAAGGAGCAGCUGAGCCCUUGGCUUCAAAAACAGAUCAUCAGUCAGGAAAACCUCACAUUUCUGUGUUGUGAUACUUGAAAGAAAGGCUAACAGAUAUGUUAUUUUCUGAUUAAUUAAUUUUCUGAUUAAAUUGCUCUAGCUGUCCUUUAUUUGCAGGCUAGAGAGGAGAUUGUGAGUGGCUGCUCCCCCUCUUCACUGGGGUGUGGGAAGCUGGAGCAGGGAGUGCAUCCCUUUAUUGGGAACAAAGAAAUGAUCUUGCCAGACCAUGUGAAUACUGCAGUCCUUGUUUUCAUUCCAAGGUGUUUCCCCAGCUUUCAAGGUGAAAUGUCCACUCAGGAAGCCUGUGGUGUGUUUCUCACUGGAUCCUGGUGGUGAUACCAUGGUUUCCAGCCCUUCUCAAGGAGAUUGCCACAUUCCAGGAGGGAGCUGAGGCUGUGCUUUGGGGUUUGGAGCUGCACUGUCUAAUGAGGUGCCAGGGGGAAGCUUCAAAUAAGUUUUUAAAUUAGCUUUUGGUGAGACACUGCCUUUGGAAAUAGCAAUUCAUGGUUUAUUCUGUUGGAAUGAAGUCACUCUGCUGGUGGAAUCAAAGCUGGGAAUACAGGGAGUCAUUCCUGGCAUUGUUUGUGCCAGGUAUGCUGCCUGCCUUGUCAUUUUCUUGAUGAAAACGUUAAAUAAAAUACCAUAAAUCAGAUUUUCAUCAUGAAACUGAGAUGAGUUUCACAGAGAAAAUCGGGCAGUGUAGAAAAAACCCUCGCUGCUUUUUGUCCGAGCUUUUCAAAUCCGCUUUAAUGACGGUUUGGAAUCCUAUUGGUCAAAUUAAACGUGUUGAUAUUGAGUAA